CGUGCUGUAAACGAAUACAAUAAUAUCACAUCCGUUUUGUCAGUAGCACUCAUUUUGUCUACGAACGUUAGAGAUAUAUUAUUCUUUGUUUAUUUAGGCUAACUUAGUAAUAACUAAUUAGCACAACAGAUGGUUAAUGUUAAUUAAUCAUAAGUGACAAAUAGAGAUAUGUUGUAAGAAAUAAUUGAAAGUUGUGCUAAAUAUAUCAAAGUCCUCAUAAAUUUCAAAGCCUUCCUGCUUCAGUUUGUCCCUCGUUAUUUCACCUUAAAGCUACAAUCGCUCUCACAGGCGCUGGUGAGGCCAGUACGGACCUGGAAGACAUUUCAACUGAGUGGGGUGAAGCACUAAGCAACAAGAAAGUAAGACAGAUUGACAGAAGCAAGGGUCUUGUUGAAGAGAUUAUCAAACAACAUUGGAAGAACUGUUUACCUGAGAUUUUCAUCAUCAUCGUUUUUUUGAUGUCUACUUUUUCAAGCUGACAACUGUCGAACAGUUUGACACGAACAAAUGAACCAGAGAACUCAGUCUUGCUGUAGAUGUGAAUUCGUGGCUUGCUCACGUGUACAUCAUCGAUAUUUCUUAUUUGUUUUAAAGACGAAGUGUUCUUCAUACACAUUUAUGAUAGAAAUAGCAUUAAGAUAUUUUUUGUGAACUAAGCUUCAUAGAAACAUUUUUCUAUUUCACUGGCUGCUAUAUUCAGAAAAAAGAUUUUGUAUUUUAAUUGAACUUUAAUUAUAAAAGGGUUCAGAGCAUCCUCAGAUAUUAUCAAAGAUCACAGCAGUAUUUAGUGAGUAUAAAAUACAACAAAAAAUUGCUUCAUAUUUUGAUAAGAAAAGAAAAAUAAUAGAAAAUGAAUUCUGUGAGAACAAAGUUACCUUUAAAAGGCAGAAAAAAAAAUAUUCGUUCUUCUAAUAGGAAAAAAAACAAAGGUAAAAGAUCAUCAUCAUCAUCAUCAUCAUAUCACUGUGAUAUCUGUGGCAAAUCAUUCUCUCAUCAUCCUAACUUAACUAGACACAAACGUAUUCACACAGGCGAGAACCCAUAUCGCUGUGACAUCUGUGGUAAAUCAUUCUCUCAAAAUGGUAACUUAACUAUACAUAAACGGAUCCAUUCAGGAGAGGAACCAUAUCACUGUGAUGUAUGUGGCAAAUCAUUCUCACAAAAUGCCAAUUUAGCUACACACAAGCAAAUUCAUUCAGGAAAGAAGCCAUAUCGCUGUGAUAUCUGUGGUAAAUCGUUCUCACAAAAUUCCAAUUUAACUAGACACAAACAUAUUCAUAAAGGAGACAAACCCCAUCACACUCCUACCAGUGAUAAAUCAUUCCCAGAAAAGAGUAUUUUAACUACGCACAACUGUAUUCACACAGGGAAGAAGAAGCCAUAUCGCUGUGAUAUCUGUGGUGAAACAGUCUCUCGAAAUGAUCGCUUAAGUUCUAACAAGCGAAUUCCUAGAGGAAAGAAACCAAAUAACCGUGGUAAAUCAUCCUCUCAAAAUAGUAGCGUAAGUACUCACAAACGGGUUCUUAGAGGAGAGAAGCCAUAUCGAUGUGAUAUCUGUGGUAAAUCAUUCUCUCAAAAUAAAUUAAGUACUCACAAACGAACUCAUUCAGGUGAGAAGCCAUACCAAUGUGAUAUCUGUGGUAAAUCAUUCUCUCAAAAUAGUAGCUUAAUUACUCACAAACGAAUUCAUAGAAGUGAAAAGCCAUACCACUGUGAUAUCUGUGGUAAAUCAUUCUCCCAAAAUGUUAACUUAAGGACUCACAAACGAAUUCAUUCAGGCGAGAAGCCAUAUCAAUGUGAUAUCUGUGGUAAAUCAUUCUCUCAAAAUAGUAGCUUAAUUACUCACAAACGAAUUCAUAGAAGUGAAAAGCCAUACCACUGUGAUAUCUGUGGUAAAUCAUUCUCUCAAAAUGGUAGCUUAAAUAUUCACAAACGAAUUCAUUCAGGAGAUAAGCCGUAUCACUGUGAUAUCUGUGGUCAAUCCUUCUCACAGAAUUGCAAUUUGGUUAGACACAAACAUCUUCAUACAGAAAAGAAACCAUAUUGCUGUGGUAUCUGUGGUAAAUCAUUUUCACCAAAUGGCAAUUUAACUACACACAAAUAUAUUUAUAGAGGAAAGAAGCCAUACUGUGAUAUCUGUUGUCAAUCAUUCCCUCAAAAUGAUCACUUAAGUGCUGACAAACGAAUUCAUAGAGGUAAAAAGCCAUAUCACUGUGAUAUCUGUGGUAAAUCAUUCUCUGUAAGUUGUAAAUUAACUAAACAUACACGUAUUCAUACAGGAGAGAAACCAUAUCAUUGUGAUAUCUGUGGUAAAUCAUUCUCUCAAAAUGGUACCUUAAGUACCCACAAACGAAUUCAUUCAGGAUAUAAGCCGUAUCACUGUGAUAUCUGUGGUCAAUCCUUCUCACAGAAUUGCAAUUUACUUAGACACAAACAUAUUCAUACAGGAACGAAGCCAUAUCGUUGUGAUAUCUGUGGUAAAUCAUUCUCACAAAGUGGCAAUUUGGCUACCCACAAAUAUGUUCAUAUAGCAAACAAACCAUGUCGCUGCGAUAUUUGUGGUCGAUCAUUCCCUCGAAACGAUCACCUACGUACUCACAAACGGGUUCAUAGAGGAGAGAAACCAUAUCGCUGUAACAUCUGUGGUAAAUCAUUCUCACAAAAUUGCAAUUUAACUAAACAUACACGUAUUCAUACAGGUGAGAAACCAUAUCGCUGUGAUAUCUGUGGUAAAUCAUUCUCACAAAACAUCCACUUAAGUAAGCAUAAAACUAUCCAUAAAUCAGUGUAAAUAUAUCCACAGUCAAAUUUACUUACUUAAUCCUUUCACUCCCUACAAAGCAUAGGCCUUGAAUGACUUUUCUUUAUUAUUCUCAAGUUAUCUUGCUUUUGAAAUUUAUGUUGAUGUUCCUAUAAGUUGCUUUUGUCUAGUAGGGGUAUUGGCUCUACACAUAGACUUAUUUUUAUCUCUAGUUGGAGGUUGUCCCAAUAAGUUUGGCUCCUGUCUUUUGACCUGUCCUGCAUGAGAUGCUUUGCCAGUUGCCUUUGGCUCUACUGGUAUAGAUUCUAGAAUUAUUGAGUCACUUAACCCUUUUGUUACUAACCCGGCCAAAACCGGCUCUGGCUCUGUGGUAAAAUGUCUUGUUUUCAUAAGUUUUGAAUUAAAAUCUUCCACCAAACCUUAGUCACAAUUUAUGUUCCUAACA